GCCAGGCUUUCCUCACUGGGCAAGAAGCAUCGUCGGGGCGUGAGGAUGGGCAUCUAUGAAGAAAGAGGGGAACGGAUUGAACCGAAGCGGAAGCCGGUUAGCUGGAGGGCCAAAUAUGCGCCUCUCAAAAGAGGACCUCCAGUUGAACUGCUUUAUGCUAUUGGAGGAUUGAGCCCCAAUGGCAACGUCAGUGGCGUGGAGUGUUACAACCCCCUGGACCAUGAGUGGAAAGUUCUGGGCUCUUCCUCAAGGCAAUGCAGCGGCAUCGGGGUUGCUUCUUUCAAUGGCUCCAUCUAUGCAGUGGGCGGCCAUGAUGGUGUGGUGUGCCUCAGCAGUGUCGAGAGGUACAAUCCUGAAUUCCAUGAGUGGAAGAAGGAUGUGGCUCCGCUGAGUGAACCCAAGCAAGACGUGGCUGUAGCAGAGCUGGGCGGCUUCCUGUACUGUGUUGGUGGUUAUGAUGGGCUGUUGUGCGUCGACACCGUGGAGAGAUACGACCCUCUGGUCAACCGAUGGCGCAAGAUGGCGCCCAUGAAUCGUUGCCGGAGAGGCCUAGGUUUGGCGGUGCUGGAUGGCUACCUGUAUGCUGUUGGCGGAUCUGAUGGCCAUUCUCCAUUAUAUUCAGUGGAGCGUUACAAUCCCAUGGAAGAUAGAUGGACUCCUUGCUGUCCUUUACGGAACUGUCGGGAGAAUCUGGGAUGUGCUACUUUUCAAGGGAAGAUCUAUGCGGUCGGCGGUCGGGAUGACUUCACCGAGCUGUGCAGCGCUGAGCGAUUUGAUCCUCUUGCCAACGAAUGGUCUGCCGUCACGCCCAUGAAGUCAAGGAGGAGUCAGGUGAGCCUUGUUGCUGCCAACGGCUACCUCUUGGCCAUCGGGGGAUAUGACGGCAUGGUCCAUGUGUCCACCGUGGAAGCCUUUGACUUGGAGCUCAAUGCUUGGAGGCGUUUCGGCAACAUGCAAACCCGUCACCCCGGCGGAGGCGUCACCGUGAUCAAAACGGCUCCCUGUGACCUGGAGUUUUCUGAAUCGCCUUGGAGCAGAUAA